CCUGCUGCUGCUGCGGUGUCUACGUCUGAGCUCUCAGUGAAUGGUGAAACUCCUCAGAGUAACUAGCCUCAGCCACAGAAACUCGGGUGUAUUCCAACUUUACCGCCACUUAAGAUUGUGUCUGAGCGAUUACAGCUUUGUUAGCUCGCCAAAUGAAUCGAGAGUGAGUCACAUAUACAGCGGUGGUCGGAACUUGAAAUAUGACGAUAAGCAAAAUGGGAGGAAAGUCGUCGUUAGCUUGCUGAAGUUGGAGGUUCUCCUUGUGGAAGAGGAAGAGGUGGCGGCGGACACCACGAGUUCACUCUCACAAUAAAAGGAGUGAGCCCAGCCUUCCAACGUAGCUCCUCCCUCUCACUGGGCUAAGAUGAGUAUUACCAGUGACGAGGUGAACUUCUUGGUCUACAGAUACCUCCAAGAGUCAGGUUUCUCACAUUCAGCAUUCACCUUUGGCAUCGAGAGCCACAUCAGCCAGUCCAACAUCAAUGGAACGCUAGUGCCCCCUGCAGCCCUCAUCUCCAUCCUGCAGAAAGGGCUUCAGUACGUGGAGGCAGAGAUCAGCAUCAAUGAGGAUGGUACGGUGUUUGAUGGUCGGCCAAUCGAGUCGCUGUCGCUCAUCGACGCGGUGAUGCCAGACGCGGUGCAGACGCGGCAGCAGGCCUUCCGCGAGAAGUUGUCCCAGCAGCAGGGCGCCUGUGACAUCGCUGCCUCCACCUCCGGGAACCAGAACAACGCCCCAAAGAACGGAGAAAACACGUUCAAUGGGGAGGAGAAUGGCACGCACAACAUGAAUAACCACAAUGAGGCCAUGGAGAUGGAUCUAAAUGUGGAGAUACCAUCCAGUAACGCCACAGUGCUGCGAGGCCACGAGUCUGAAGUGUUCAUCUGCGCCUGGAACCCUGUCAGCGAUCUGCUGGCCUCAGGCUCGGGGGAUUCCACGGCCAGGAUCUGGAACCUGAACGAGAACAAUAACUCCAACUCCACCCAGCUGGUGCUGCGCCACUGUAUCCGAGAAGGUGGCCAGGAUGUCCCCAGCAACAAAGACGUCACCUCACUGGACUGGAAUAGCGACGGGACUCUCCUGGCGACGGGCUCCUACGACGGAUUUGCCAGGAUAUGGACAAAGGAUGGAAAUCUGGCAAGCACCUUGGGACAGCACAAAGGGCCAAUAUUUGCUCUCAAGUGGAACAAGAAGGGGAACUCGAUUCUCAGCGCUGGUGUAGAUAAGACGACAAUCAUUUGGGACGCACACACAGGAGAAGCAAAGCAGCAGUUCCCUUUCCACUCCGCCCCCGCCCUGGAUGUGGACUGGCAGAACAACACCACCUUCGCCUCCUGCAGCACGGACAUGUGCAUCCACGUGUGCCGCCUCGGCAGCGACCGGCCCCUCAAGACCUUCCAGGGCCACACGAAUGAAGUUAAUGCCAUUAAGUGGGACCCAUCAGGUAUGCUGCUUGCCUCCUGCUCAGACGACAUGACCUUAAAGAUUUGGAGUAUGAAGCAGGACGCCUGUGUCCACGACCUCCAGGCUCACAGUAAGGAGAUCUACACCAUCAAGUGGAGCCCCACGGGCCCCGGCACCAGCAACCCCAACUCCAACAUCAUGCUCGCCAGUGCCUCUUUCGACUCGACAGUGCGACUAUGGGAUGUGGAGCGGGGGGUUUGUAUCCACACGCUCACCAAGCACCAGGAGCCCGUGUACAGCGUGGCCUUCAGCCCCGACGGCCAGCACCUGGCCAGCGGCUCCUUCGAUAAGUGUGUCCACAUCUGGAACACCAUGUCUGGCGCCUUGGUGCACAGCUACAGGGGGACUGGAGGUAUUUUCGAGGUGUGUUGGAACAGCACCGGGGACAAAGUUGGUGGCAGCGCGUCCGACGGCUCGGUAUGUGUUCUUGAUCUCCGAAAAUAGCUGUCUUGAGACUCUGUUGAUGAAUCCUGGAAUGUGCAGCGGAUUGCCUUCUCCUGACGUCAGCAACAAACCCUCUGUGCUCAGUUAGAGCUGUGAGGUGGAGCGAAGCCCCUCGUAGGAGUUAAACCAUAUGACUGCAGAAGCCUCUGAGGAAACGACACCAACUGACUUCAGCGCACCUUAAAGUUUGUUGAUGUGUGUUUUUAUGAUAUGCCCAUUGGAAACAUAAUGGAGGGAGGUUAAGAGAUCCCGAAGACGGGAUGGAUUCCAACUCCCUGGGUGCAUCCGUGUUUUAACAGGUUUCUAAUGAGAACGUGCUGCCGUCCCUCCGGGCCUCGUGUCCAGCUGUUAUCGGGGUGUAGGGUGGAAACGCAAAGAUGAGUUUUAUAUAAAGAGAAAAAGUGUUAAUGUGUUUGGCAACAAAUUAGGAAAGAAAGGUUAUGGUUUGAGAUUUCCUCUGAGCAAAUGUUACCUCAUGUCCAAACGAACGAACUGUGGACGUGAUCAAACUGAUGCACUGGUGUUGUGGACAGUGUGCUUUACUUCUUCUCAGUGGGGAAUAGUUUGUUUCAAGAGCACUUCUUGCUUUUUCCCCCACAGAUGGACUUUUGAAAGUCAAAAUUGAAUGUGCCGCUACAAGGUAGUUCUCAGCUCACAUCUAACAUCGGGUCAACAAAAGGAAAACCUGCCGAGAAAAAGUCCUAACCUCCUAAAGUGACCUGAGAUUAGAAAAAGUCAUUUUCUGGACAAGUGUGGUUUACAAAGAGAAUGUUCUCCCUUUUUGGAUGUAAAUUAAAGAAUGUAAAGAUAUGUAAAUUAGAUGAAUACACACUUAUAUACUGUGUAUAUAUGUUUAUAUACAGUACACUUUAUUGCCAUCCUGUAGGGGCUCAUUAGCUAUCACACCUUGCUGAUAAUGCUUGGCAAGACCUCUUUUUAAAUGAAGUGCAUGUGUCAUCAGCUUCUUUUAAUAGUCUUUUUCAAUCAUAUCCAAUGCAUCAUGUUGUUUUGCUUUUCGGUGAGUCACAAACAGCGUUGACACAGAUGUGUUAAGCAGCUUUGCUUUCCACUAUUGAUCCCUGAAAGCCAUCCUUACCAGCAUUCAGGCAAUUAUCAGCUCAGCAAUAUGAGAGAAGAGUAAUCACAGUAUUCUACGUGGAACAGGACAUCAUAAGAACAAUGCUAAUGGUAUAAUGCAGACCUACGGAGGAAACAAGUACAGCUACAUUUAGCAUUACCAUGGUUUCUCUUUGGCACUUCCCUCUGAACAAUCUACUGAAAAUCAGAGCACAUUUUGACCAGAAGGUGGAGGUCAAGCAAAAGUCCUGCUGACGUUAAGAAAAAAAAAAGCUUAUGUUAAGUCCCGCCACAUACCGCUGGCUGGUCAGAUUUGAAAUGCGCAGUAAGUGUUGCUGACAGGGAUCUCAUGGAAAAUAUAGUAACUUCAAACCAACCUGCCACCACUUUGAUUUGCCUUUUCCUGGACCCUUUCCCUUUCAGUCAAUGUCUGCUAGAGCAAUGUCAAGUGCACUUUUUGUAAUGGUGAAUACUGCAAAUGUUCAGAUUUUGCUGAAAGUUGAAGGGCCAAUGUUUUAUUUUUCUCUUUUUUUAAUGUCAAAAUUGGAUGUUAAUGGGUGGUUCAUUGUUUUCUGUACUUUUUCAUUUGCUGAGAGCCAUUAUUGUCUGUGUCAGACUGAGAAUCGAGCUGUGGGAUGGUGGCCGUUGUUGGCAUGCUGAGGAGCCCGGUUUGGAAUAAGUGCUGUGACUGCUUCUAUCUCUCUCACCCUGGUCCGGGGUGCAGUCACCCGUUUCAAAGACAAAACGUUGAAUUCAUUCAGUGUCUCAAAUAAAUCACUCUAUUUUGAUAUCAGAAA